AUGCCUAUUAACUAUUUGAUCUCAUGUUAUUUAAACCAACUACAAGGGUUAUCAAUCGUUAGCAUUCACCAAGUUGCAAAGAUGCACGGAACACACUUUUUGAUCCUGCUCUUGUUGUGUGGAGUCCUGGGGUCUAACGGUACGACACCCGACACUAUUAACGCGACUAAUGCCGAAAGAAGUAUGCACAACAUGCUGCGUUGUUUAAAGAAGAACGAACCAAUAGUUAAGUUCAGGAAGUUAACCCUGCCGCCUAACUGUACUCGAUAUGUUAGCGCGGUCGUCGAGAAUUGGAAACCGGAAGGAGUGUAAAUCCUCAUCCUAGAGAGAGUUAUAAUAAUAAUAAAGAUUAUGCCCAAUUAAAUGCACCAAACUAGACUAAAAAGUGCGAAUAAAUGUUUGAAAUAUGUGCCACAAAA